CCCUGGAAUGUCUUCUAGCCAAUCAGCAGGGGCCUCUGGGGCUCCCCAGCAUUCUAAUAACGCUCCAAUGAUUAGCAGGGGCCGGGUCAGUGCACACGGGGCUGGGUGGACAGGCAGGGAGGACAGAGGGGAUUCCGCAGGCUCUCCAUUUUGCCUUUCUCUCCUUUCAGGAAGCCAACCACUGUUUGGACAGAGCCAUUACUCAACAGUCGCUCCCCUUUGUCUCUCCCUGCCCAGCCCAGACAGUCUAAAGUUUUGAAUAGACAUCAGUGCUUGGGAACGUGCCCUGGGAGAGCAGAGACUGUCGCAGCUCAGCAUCCCAGUCACUCUCACUGCCCUGCUCUGCCCAGCCCGGUGCCAACCAGCCUACCUCACGUCCGGUGCCCAAGCAGGAGCUGCCCCCCAUGCAGGGACCAUGGGCGUUCCUGACCUUGCUCCUGGGCCUCCUUCGGUUCACCAGGGCAGAAAUCCAAAUGCCCCAACUGCAGAAGGAGGGUCCCCUCUACCAAGCCCUGAGCUUGAAGGAAAGUUUCUUGCUUCUCGCCCUCCACAAUAGACUCCGGAGCAAGGUCCACCCGCCAGCCGCCAACAUGCAGAGGAUGGACUGGAGUGAGCAGCUGGCCAGGAUGGCCCAGGAGCAGGCAGCUCAGUGUUCAGCUCAGGCCCUGCUCCCUACGGGGUUCCAGGCCCUGCAGGUGGGCUGGAAUGUGCAGCUACUGCCUGCUGGGGUUGCCUCCUUCACUGAUGUGGUCACCUCAUGGUUUCAAGAGGGACAGUGGUAUGCCUACUCAGCUGCCCAGUGCGCCAGCAACUUGUCCUGUGCUCACUACACCCAGCUUGUAUGGGCCACUUCCAGCCAGCUGGGCUGUGGGAAGCACCUCUGCAAUGUGGGUCUCUUGGAAAUGGAAGCAUUUGCUUGUGCCUAUUCUCCUGGGGGCAACUGGGAGAUGAAUGGGAAGACUAUUGUACCAUACAAAAAGGGGGCCUGGUGCUCUCUCUGUACUGCUGGUGUCUCAGGCUGCUUCAAAGCCUGGGAUCAUGGAGGUGGGCUCUGUGAGGUACCCAGAAACCCAUGUCGGAUGAGCUGCCGGAAUAAUGGACAUCUCAAUGUCAGUACCUGUCACUGUCACUGCCCCCCAGGUUACACUGGCAGGUAUUGCCAAGUGAGGUGCAGUGUCCGGUGUCAACAUGGGCGAUUCCGAGAAGAGGAGUGCUCUUGUCUCUGUGAUGUUGGCUAUGGUGGAGCUGAGUGUGCUAUCAAGGUCCAGUUUCCCUUUCAUGCCUGUGACCUUUGGAUAGACGGCAGCUGCUUCAUGGUCUCCCCUGAGGCAGACACCUACUAUGGAGCUAAGAGUAAAUGUCAGGAGAAGGGUGGAAUGCUGGCUCAGAUUGAGAACCAAAAAGUCCAGGAUAUCCUUGCCUUCUACUUGGGACGCCUGGAAACCAACAAUGAAGUGACAGAUGCUGACUUUGAGACGCGGAACUUCUGGAUUGGACUGACCUACAAGACCUCCAAGGACUCUUUCCGCUGGGCCACAGGAGAGCACUAUUCCUUUACCAGUUUUGCUUUUGGUCAGCCAGACAACCAAGGAUUUGGGAACUGUGUGGAGCUACAGGCAUCAGCUGCCUUCAAUUGGAAUGACCAGCGUUGCAAAACCCGAAAUCGCUAUAUCUGCCAGUUCGCCCAGAAGCACAUUUCUCAGUGGAACUUGGAGCCCUGAAGUGGUACCUCCUGUCAUUUCUGCCAGCCUCCAGCCCACCCCUCUUGCCCCUGCCCUAAACCCUUGACACCCAUCUAGAAGAAGAUGAUGUAGGUGGCUCAGAAGGUGAUUCUGGAUCAUCGAGGAUACAUCCCUCCCCCUGACACCUGCUGCUGUUAAUCUGGCAUCUCUGUAUCUCUAUGGAAGAGUGAAGGGGGCCAGGGAGUGAGGCAGGAGGCUCACUGACCACCAGGGAAGGGGUGUACAUGAGGGUGCAUGAGGGCAGAGGGAAGUAUCCACGAGAGACUCCUAGUCACUGACCACCCCGCCGCCUCUGAGUCAGGGGGGUUUCUGGGCCGGGUCUUUCUCUUAAUGCUUUCUGCUGGGGCAUCUUUCUUUUUGCUUCUGCUGGUACAUAGGGAGGGUCAAGUGUCCCUGGCCAUCCACUGUAAGCAUGUAUUCAUGAUGGCAUUCAAUGCCCCUGGCAGGAAGCACAGGCAGCUGGACCACUGCCGACUCUCUUCCUGCCCCUCUCAGUAUGUAUGAUAGUGAAUUUGGGUCCUAGGACCCAGCUAGUGACAGUAUUGAGCAAAUAACAUAGCAAAUGAGCAUCUCUGGGCACUCAGGAUGUACCUUGUGAAGGAAUAAACUAAUUUAUGCCUAAA